AUGGCUGUAGGUGUGAUGAAUAUUGAAGAAGGUGUUUCCUUCCCUGCAAAGACAACUUCUCAUGUUAGACUCUCCAGUCUAAUUGCUGCUGUUGGUGGUCUCAUGUUUGGUUAUGACAUAGGAAUCUCAGGAGGUGUGACAAGUAUGGACACUUUUUUGAAAAAGUUUUUCCCGCACGUGUACGAGAAGAAACACAGAGUACACGAAAACAACUACUGCAAAUUCGAUGACCAGCUUUUGCAGCUCUUCACUUCGUCUCUCUACUUGGCUGGUAUUUUCGCCAGUUUAGCCGCUUCCUUUUUGUCCAGAAGAUACGGAAGAAAACCCAUAAUCGUCUCCGCCUCCAUCUUUUUCUGCCUCGGUGCUCUCCUCAACUUAUUUGCUCAAGAUCUUGGCAUGUUGAUCGCUGGACGUCUUCUCCUCGGCUUAGGCAUCGGUUUUGGAAAUCAGACCGUUCCACUGUUCAUCUCAGAGAUUGCACCACCUCAAACAAGAGGAGCACUAAACAUAAUGUUCCAGUUUCUCAUCACCAUUGGAAUCCUAGCAGCAAGUUUUGUAAACUUCUUAACAUCCACAAUGAAAGACGGCUGGAGAUACUCUCUUGGUGGUGCUGCUAUUCCGGCCUUAAUCCUCUUGAUAGGAUCCUAUUUCAUCUACGAGACACCAGCUAGCCUCAUUGAGCGUGGUAGAGACGAGGAAGGGAAGCAAGUCUUGAGAACGAUCAGAGGCGUUGAAGACAUUGAACUCGAGUUCAAUGAGAUCAAACGCGCCACAGAGUUUUCAAACAAUGUGAAAAGCCCUUUCAAAGAACUUUUCCUCAACCGCGAGAACAGACCACCUUUGGUGUGUGGAACGCUCCUUCAAUUCUUCCAACAGUUCACCGGAAUCAAUGUUGUUAUGUUCUACGCUCCAGUCUUGUUCCAGACGAUGGGUAGUGGUAACGACGCUUCUCUGAUCUCCACCGUUGUAACCAACGGUGUGAAUGCAAUCGCUACGAUUAUCGCCGUUUUCUUGGUUGAUAAGUUUGGUAGGAAGUUCUUUUUGGUUGAAGGAGCUAGUCAAAUGACCGGUACACAGGUUGCUAUUGGCGCUUUGCUCUUUAAAAAUUUGCACUUAGUCGGACCGAUUACAAGCCACGUCGUUCCACUCAUCGUACUGAUCCUAAUAUGCAUAUAUGUGUCUGGAUUCGCGUGGUCGUGGGGACCUUUGGGAUGGCUUGUUCCGUCUGAGAUCUAUCCCAUUGAGGUUAGAAAUGCAGGUUACUUCUGUGCCGUGGCGAUGAACAUGGUCUGCACUUUUAUCAUCGGACAGUUCUUCUUGUCCGCUCUCUGCAGAUUUAGAUCAAUGUUGUUCUUCUUCUUUGGAGUGAUGAAUGUUAUCAUGGGACUCUUUGUCAUCUUCUUUCUCCCUGAGACCAAAGGUAUUCCUAUUGAAGAAAUGGCCGAUAAGCGUUGGAAGAAGCACUGGCAUUGGAAGAACUAUUUCAAGCAGAAUUGA